CCAAGAUCGCUACAACCGACAAGGCAACGGUAUAUAUCUGGGAUCAGUAUGGGCGCCUUCAACAGAGGUUAUGCUAGAUCUCUGCACGGAUUUCAGCUGCAAGCGGCUAUCACCCUCUGUUCAGCAUGGGCAUUUACACUAUUUGGAUACGACCAGGGCGUCCUUGGAGGCUUGAUCGCUCUUCCAAGUUUCCUCAAAGCCAACCAUAUCAACCCAGACAAUGCUGAUCUGCAAGGCACAAUCGUGGCCAUCUAUGAUAUCGGGUGUCUGUCGGGGUGUAUUGUCGCCGGCUUUGUUGGCCAGAAACUCGGCCGCCGUCUAUACAUUGUCAUCGGCGGUGGCCUCAUCAUUGUCGGAGCAGGAUUGCAGGCUGGGUCACAUGGCAGCAGCUACUUGAUAGGCGGCCGUGUGAUAGCAGGCAUCGGAAUGGGCCUCACAACAACGAUGGUGCCCAUCUGGGUCGCUGAAACGUCGAAAGCCAGUUCUCGGGGUGCUCUCAUCGCCGCCCAGCUCACAAUCGUCAUCCUUGGUUUGACUAUCGCGUACUGGUUUGACUAUGGCAUGCUUCAACACCAACCCAACACCGAGGCGGUAUGGCGACUGCCAAUCGCUUUCCAGGUCGUGUUUAUCAUACUCGCUUGGGCCACAAUAUUCUUUCUGCCCGAGUCCCCACGUUACCUCUAUGCAAAGGGCGAGAUAGACGACGCUGACGAUAUCAUGGCUCGAAUUUACUCCGUUCCUGUGGACAGCGCAAUAGUCACCAAGCACCGCGCCGAUGUCUUCGCCACCCUCGAAGCAGAGAAAGAAUACAAGUUCAGCUUCAAGAAUCUUUUCUAUGACACCUCGCCCGUCAAUACAACGUGGAGACUCUGGCUGGGCGUCCUUAGCCAGCUUUUUCAACAGAUGGACGGAAACAAUAUUGUCUCCUACUAUGCGACAUACCUCUUUAUUCAUUCUCUCGGGAUGUCUCAAAACACAGCAUCCAUCACGUCCGGCGGUGUGACACUACUUUUUCUUGGUGGUACUGCUACCACGAUCUGGACAGUCGAGCACUUGGGCCGGCGCACUGUCAUGCUUUACGGAGCGAUCUUCUGCUCCAUAUUUAUGAUCUUAUUCACAAUCGGUCUCGGAGUCAACACGGACCACUCGCUGAAGCUAGCGGUAGUGAGUAUAUUCCUGUUUGAGUUCUUUUUCGGCGCUUCGUGGUGCCCACUGGUAUGGGUGUACGUACCGGAGAUCGCUCCUCUACAUGUCCGACACGUGGGCACAAGCAUGGGCGUAUUCACCCAGUGGUUCAUCACCUUCAUCGUGGUCAAAUUCGGCCCGAUGGGGAUACAGGACAUUGGGUACAAGUUCUAUAUCCUUUUCUGCGUGUUCAAUGUGCUUGCCAUCGUGUUUGUGUAUUUCUGCGUCAAAGAGACGAAGGGACUCAGUCUGGAAGAGAUUGAUGUCCUGUUCGCGCGGAAAGAAUACAAGCAUGUGCUGCAAGCCCGUCUUCGAGGAGAUCCUGAGGCGACAGACAAGAAGACUGCACAUGGGCGGGAGCUAGUCGAGCAUGAGACAGUUGAGCAAAAGUGA